UUUCUGUCAUUAGUCAUAGUGUUGUCACUCAAAAUUCUUCGUGAAAUCAUUCACUGAAAACAUUCAUCCACGAACUCAAAGAAAUGACUGAAAAUAAUACUUCUGAGGAAGAUAAAAGCACGAGAAAAAAGUUAUACGGCUACAUGCCCGACAAUCCAUCCUUUGUAGUUUCUCAGUUCCUCCGACCCACACAAACAGUGCAUCCGGCAGUUGAAAAAUGGUUCAGAGCAAUGGACACCAAGAACGAGGGAAAAAUAUCGUCCAAGGAGCUUCAACAGGCGUUCGAAACUUUUCAAGGAAGACACUUCUCAGACUCUGCCUGUAAAUUCGUGGUGAGACUCUUUGACCUUGACCGAAAUGGUGGAUUGGACAUCAAAGAGUUCGAAACGUUGUACUACCAUAUAAAACUGUGGGUCAACGCGUUCAAUUCUUAUGACAGGGAUAAGUCUGGGUUUUUAGACGAAACCGAGCUUGAUUAUGCUUUGAAGAAUAUGGAUAUCCAUUUCAGUCCGGAGUUCAUCAAGUUUCUGAUAACAAGAAGUAACCCGAAAGCAAAAAAGAUGUCGCUGGAUCAGUAUAUAGUUACCUGCAUCCAGAUACAGAAGUUUACGGAUGAGUUCAAGAGUCGAGAUUUGAACUACUCCGGGCAUAUUAAUAUCAAGUAUGAGGAUUUUCUUGAGAUGAUACUGAGAUGUUUAUGAUGGAGUUCGUCAAAGCCAGAAGCCUUCAUCCUUAUAAGGCACAAAUCAUUUAUCUGUUUACUGAACCUGAAACGGCAAUUUUAAAAUACUUGAUUAUUAUAAACGAAUAUAAUGAAAUAUAGAAUCAUAGCAUUUCA